GCACAGAAUUCUACACUUAGUGUAGAAUUCUGUGCCAGGUUGUUGCUUUUAUUUAUUUAUCAGAACUCUUCUGUUAUGAAACAAGAACUGCUAUAAACUUAUAAAGCUAAAACUUCCUUACCUCAUUUGUUGUGUGAUCGACUGUUCUACAAAAAUUGUUUAUUGUUUUAAUCGCCUGACUAUACUAGAUAGUUUUUGUCUAUAAAUUAUAACAUUAAGUGACAGGUUCAAUACAUUCACGGAAGGACAAGUUGGUGGCUUCAGUUUAACCUCUUCAACGUUCAGGGAUGCAAAUGUUCCUGUCUUCUUAAUAAUGGCUAGCGUGGAGACUGAUGCUGUCACCAAGGAGCAUGCAUUACUCCCUGAAUCCAGCGCUACUUCCACUGAAAAAGAAAAAAUGAAAAAGGACAUGAUCAGUAGACUGUCUGGCACAGAUGCUCACUUCCGACACCAGCAGCGGGGCGAACCAGAUCUUGGCCAUGAAGAAAAAGCAAACAUUGCUCUGGAUAUUCUUCACAAAAGUCCUGCCAAAUUUCUGGAACGCUUUUCACAAUAUCUAACUCAAGAGGAUACAGCUUAUUUUGAGGAUAUGAAAGGAGAUUAUAUGAUUGAUUUUUAUUUGAAAGAGAUUUCUAAACGUUGUGCUGACACAAAUCAUAAUAUGGUGAAAAAUCGCAGAUAUCAGGCUUUACAAAAACUGGUGGAUGAAGGAGAGUAUUUUUCACAGAAUGAAAUGAAAUGGAGGGAUCCUCUACUUUUUGAGCAAAUGGUUGGACAAUAUGAGACAGAAGCAGAACAAGAUGCAAGAGAGAUUGACAGAAGUGAUCUGAAAUUUUCCAGUAUCCUGUUAAAGCAUAUGGAUGCCAACACUAAUAAGCAGUUAUAUGACAAGAUGAAAGAGAUGGAAGAUGGCCAAGAUGAGGAAGAAGAGGAAAGCUCAGAUGAAGAUGAUAUGGAAAAGAAUGAUACAGAAGGAGAAAUGGAUGAAGAAGAAGUGGAAGACUUGGAAAAAGACAGAGAAUUGGAGGACGAUGAGUCUGAAAUAUCUGAGGCAGACAGAAGCCAUCUGAAGACAGAAUUUCUCAGGAUCAUGCAAGAACGCUUCUUGUCAGGGCAAGAUGCAAACUUUGAUUAUGGGGCCGUGGACUCCAACACAGACUACGACUCCCUGGACAUCCUCGGCCACGACGCCGAGGAGAAAUACUUUGACGCAGAGGACCCCGAGUCACGCAUGAGUCAGGAGAGCUCGGACCAAGAGCCGGCGUGCGUGACUCGCGCCUGUGCUGACUCUUCUAGUACAUGCACCACCGGUCUGCUGAAGCCUCAUGGAGAUCAUCAGAGCGGUGAGGCUCGAGUGGCGGGGGGAGGGGAGCUGUUGUUGGACCUUCGGACUGGACUCCGGGGGAUGGGGCUGAAGGAGAAGUCUGAGGGGGAGGAGGAGGUGGAGGAUUAUAUGAGUUAUGAACCGUCGGAGGAGUUGGUGCAGGAGAGCCAGGAUGGGAAUGUUGCGGAGAGGUAGUGUGUGUGUGUGUGUGUGUGUGUGUGUGUGUGCGCCCGCGCGCGCGUGUGUGUGUGUAUGUGUGUGUGUGUGUGUGUGUGUGUGUGUGUGCGCGCGCGUGUGUGUGUGCGU